AUGAAGCCUGCUCGCGUACAAGUAACUCAAGCUCAACUGGAUGAAUACCUCAAAGAAAAGAGACCAGAAGGCGGCACCUACAAUAUCUGGCAUCAUCGUUAUUCUGGACUCGAGAGAGACUUCAACAAGACAAGCGUUCGACCCAAAUUCAAGGUAGACAUUGCCAGAGAUGCUGGCGAGACAUUGGGUUCUCGAAACAAGAACGCCUACUUUUGUUUGUUCUUUGCAAAGGGCAUGUGCUCCAAAGGACCCAAAUGUACCAUGUGGCAUAGAGUACCUACAACAGACGAUGUAUUGGAAACCACAAUUGAUUGCUUUGGACGUGAUAAGUUUACUGAAUUCCGUCAAGAUAUGGGCGGUGUUGGUGGUUUCAUUCGUGAAAACAGGACGUUGUAUAUUGGUCGCAUCACUGUUACAGAUGAUAUCGAGGAUGUUGUGAGACGUCAGUUUGGUCAAUUUGGUCCUUUAGAAAGAGUGAGAAUUUUGAGAGGACGUGGUGUUGCUUUUGUAACAUACAAGACGAGAGCCAACGCUGAAUUCGCCAGAGAAGCCAUGAUGAAUCAAAGUCUCGAGAACAACGAAAUUGUCAAUGUGCGUUGGGCCACAGCUGAUCCCAAUGCUAUUGCAAAUCGCUUAGACGCAGAAGACGAUCGUUUAGAAGCAGAGCGAAUUGCAGCAUUACGAGCUGAACACAAUCUGGACGACCAGACAGAAAAUCAAGAAGAGGAAUCCGAACUACCCGCUGAAUUCACGAGUCUCAAGCGUGAUGUGGAUGAAGAUGGAUUCAGCCAAAUGGAGCAAAAAGUCAAAAGACAGAGAGCUGAAAUAGAGGCAGCACAAGCACAGGAGGAAGCCGCAUCUGCUCCUCUCGCCUACGAAUACACACAAGAGGAUUACGAUAAUUAUUACAAACAGCAAGAAGAAUAUUAUAAACAGCAAGCAUUAGAAGCACAACAAAAUGUCAAAGUGGGAGGCAUUAUUCCUCAGAAUGUACUGUCUAAUUUAAAGGGCUUUUCAAAAGCUACACCAGUGAAUACCACCAAUGCUGCUAAACCCACAACAGGAUUAGGCAGUUUGACAAAUUAUGGUAGUGAUAGCGAAGAUGAUGAAUAA